UUAUAAAUAAUUUUAAUAAUCAUGAGACGAUUGCAUUAUGCAAUUAUUUCAUAACAUUGCAAUAUGUUAGAUCAAUUCUAUAACGUACAGGGGCUAUUUUCCUAUUUAAUCAAAAUAACGUAUUCGCUAGAAUAAUAUAGUGAUAAAAACUUAUCUCUUUCAGUUUCUGCUUUUCAUUUUAGAGUGACAUUCUGACUAAUAUUGAUUAUCCUAUCAUGUAUGCAUCCUUUUAGAUAAAUUCAAUGACGUACAUGGACAUGGUCGUCUCCGAAACGUUACGAAUGUAUCCUCCAUUAGGAUUUUUGGAUCGAGUUGCUAUUAAUGAUUACAAAGUACCAGAUUCUGAUCUACUCAUUGAAAAGGGUACUCCAAUUAUGAUAUCAAUGAUUGGUAUGCAUUACGAUGAACAAUACUUUCCUAAUUCAAAAAAAUUUGACCCUGAACGAUUUAAUAAUGUUAAUAAGAAAAACAGACCCGGUUACGUUUAUUUCCCGUUCGGUGAAGGACCUCAUAUUUGUAUAGGUGCACGAAUUGGAUUAUUGCAAGCAAAAUUAGGGAUUCUACAUUUACUCAAACAACACGAAUAUUCUCCGUCCGAGCAUACAACAAUACCGAUGCGUUUAAAUCCAAAGGGUGUGACAGCAACACCAAUCAAUGGAAUUCAGUUAAAUGUUCGAAAAUACAUAUAGAAUGUUGCCUAAAUAUUUUAGAAGGAUUUCCAAUGUAAUAAUUAUUCUAAUGUAGAUUUAAUGAUUUCAUUUUUAAAGAAACCCAAAAAUAAUUAGAUUAAUCUGUUUCUCUUUUUCGAUAUAAUUGGACAUCGUCUUCUUCUGAAUUGUUUUCUUUUAUUCCACUUUUUUAGAUGUUGUUUUUCUUCGUAAUUCGGUACGAUUAUUUGUGAUUAAUGUUUGUGUAUUGUGUAUACAGUUUAUUUCACUCGGAUAAUUUUCUUUUACAAAACAGAUAAACCUGUCUACCUUAUUAAAAUUCAAGGAUCAUUUACAUAAAGACAUUGCUACAAUAUAUUUUUUAAUUACGACAUCUUGCAAUUAAAUGGAAUGAUAGAUACCAUGUA